AUGAUUCGCUAUAUUUUUGUCGUUGCCAUUUUUAUCUCUCUAGCUUCAUGUUGCUGCUAUCCAAACCAAUUUCAUGCUUAUGUUGGUUACAUGUCUAAUUAUAAAUAUGGCAAUACUGCACAACACACAUCAUCAGCAAUGCAAAUAUGGUACGACCACUGCAAUAAUCGAGCCAGAUAUGAUUAUCCCAAAUAUAAACUCUCUUACAUCUACAACUAUCAAAUGGGAGAAUACGUUUAUAUGCAAAACGGUACUUGCCGUGCUUACACAUUACGUGGUAAUCUGACCAAAUUGUGUACUCCAAAGGGGUCACAUUUGAUCAAUUUGGGUACCUACAACUUUGGAGCCGGAAAAUUGCCUUUCCAUGUCUCUGGCUACUUUAGAAAUUAUAAAACUGGCAGUUAUGGAUCAAUAUAUUCUUAUUCUACAGAUUGUGUACCUCUAGCAAGUGGUGGAUACUCCAAAAAUAAAAGAGGUUAUUCAGUCUGGGGAAGUUCUUGGGUAAAUAUGACGAUUGGAAUAAGUAAUCUAGGUGUUUUUGAUAAACCGAAGAAUUGCAAAGGAUUUACCCGAGGAAUAGUUAACCAGGAAUUGGACUUGAUGGAUGUCAUCAACAGAUCUUUCAAAAAGGAUGUUAGUACAGAAAAGGGCGAAAAAUUCUCCAAUAUCAUCGAAAAUGUUUUCAGUAAUAUUUAG